GGCAUUUUAAAUCAAAGAAGUAAACUCCUUGGCAAAUUUCAGUUUUAGAAAUUUGGUAAAAUGUCAAUAUCAAAUCCAGUCCGGGGUUUCGAGGUCAAAUUGGAUGUCAGCGAUUUCGCCCAGGAGGAAAUUACAGUGAAAACUGACGACAGGUAUAUAACCAUAAUAGCAGAGCAUGAAGAACAACUAAAUGAUCAAGGAUUCAUUGCAAGGCAUUUCAUCCGAAGGUAUCUCCUGCCUUCAGACAUUCAAACAGAUGCAAUCAGUUCCAGUUUAAGUCAGGAUGGAAUUCUAACCAUAACUGCCCCGGCUGAACAGGUUGCUGUAAAAUAUGCUCCUGAUGACGAGAAACCAAGUUUAUCCGAGAAAAAGCCGGAAACUCAUUAUAUAUAAUCAAUUACCACCUUAUCUACUGCUAUUUUACAUAACAUAAUUAAUGUCCACUUGAUAUUUUUUAAUGAAGCAUCAUAUUAUCUCAACUCGGUAAUUACCAUCUUGUUAACAAACAAAAAAAAAAAAAAAAAAAAAAAAA